AUGUGGGCUGCCACCUACCCACUUUAUGCUACAUUUAGGAGCAAUCAUACAGACUUGACACAGAAAAUGUCGGGUUAUGGAGUGAUAGUAGAGGAAAGUACGAUAUUUAGCCUGCAUUUUGCAGAUGACCAGAUUGUACUAGCAAAAGAUGAAAAUGAUCUGACCUAUAUGAUAAGAAAGUUUAAAGAGGAAUACAAUAAGGCUGGUCUGAAGAUGAACAUGAAAAAGUGUGACUACUUGGCUGCUGGAACGGAAAACGUAAAUAAUUUGGAGGUAGAUGGAGAAGCAAUUGUAGGUGUGGAAAAGGCAAAAUUUCUUGGGGUAUUAUUUAAUAAUCAGGACUCAAGCAAUGAUGAAAUCACUAGUAGGUUCAAUAAGGGACGAGCUGUAACAAGGCCAAUAAAUUCUGUUCCACACAAAAAAAAGAACACUGAAGAAGAGAAUAUAUGA